UUUAUAAACAGAACAAAAACUUUUAUUAAAGCACAUAAGCGGCCGGAUCCAUCGCCAACAAUCCCUAGGGCUCCGAUUUCGAAAAGGGGAAAAGUUGCGGAGCAAAGCUAACAGCUCCAAUGGUGUGCGAGAAGUGCCAGAAGAAGCUAUCGAAGGUGAUCGUGCCAGAUAAGUGGAAGGAAGGCGCCACCAACACCACAGAAAGCGGUGGCCGGAAAAUCAACGAGAAUAAACUCCUCUCCAAAAAGCACAGGUGGACUCCUUAUGGAAAUACUAAGUGCAUCAUUUGCAAGCAGCAAGUGCAUCAAGACGCCAAGUACUGUCACACUUGUGCUUAUUCCAAAGGGGUAUGUGCGCUGUGCGGUAAGCAAGUGCUUGACACCAAGCUUUACAAGCAGAGCAAUGUAUAAUGCAAAGGGGAUAUUAGCUGGUCUUCAAGUAGAUAUCAUAACUGCACUUUGUCAUUGUUAACUCACCAACUUGAUCACAGAUGCUGUAAAAGAUUAUUAAAUUGUUGAUGUUUAUGCUGUACGUUUGCUGGUUUUCUUUCUGAUCUUUUGUGCCUCUUUCCCUUAAUGAUUUUACUAGCAAACUGAAUCUCUUUUUUAAUAAAAGCAUGCAUUAAUCAUGUCUAUA